CAGAAUAACAUUGAGAUCAAGAAAUUGAAAAAGUUGAAAACUUGGUUAUAUAACAUUUUCUGAGCAAAGAUGGCCAGCGCAAUGCAAAAUUACAAAUCAGGUCAAGCCCAUGGACAGGGCCAGGCCAAGACUGAAGAGUGGGUUCAAUCCACAAAGGACACAACCAAUGCAACCAAAGACAAGACAGCUAGUGCAGCUCAAUCUGCUAAAGACAAGACAACGAGUGCAGCUCAAUCAGCUCAAGAGUCUGCCCAACAUGGAAAGGAUCAAAGUGCUGGCUUCCUCCAGCAGACCGGAGAACAGGUGAAGAACAUGGCUCAGAACACUGUAGACAGUGUGAAGAACACAAUUGGAAUGGCUGAAAAUAACGCUAAGAAAUGAGAGAAAACACUUAUUUGUCUCUCAUAUUAUGAUGCUACAUUAAUGGAUUUAGGCUGUUUUUUUGUUGGUUUUUUCACCUAGGUUUUUGCUCUUCCUAACUAACAGGGACAAGCAACAUCGCCGUUGAAGUGAUAUUUCUUUUCAGAAAACUCCUCUUGGUUGUAAUAAAGACAUUUGCUUUUCAUUAUUUUGAUUUUUCCCUUUUCAUUAUAAUAUGAGAUGUAAUAAAGGCUUAACAAUAAUACAUAUGUAAAGUUGAUUUGUUUCACCUUC